GGAAUUUUCAACAUUGGCUUCUUUCACCAUCAGCCAUUUAUCAACAAAACUUAAUAAAAUUGAGAGGUGAGUUCAGGAAAACAAUGGCGGUUCCAUUAGUACAGACAAUCUCAUCUUUGCAAUCAACCCAUUUGAAGUCGUACAAUCACAGCCCAUUUGCUGUUUCUUCUACCAAUAUUACUUCUACUUUGCUUCCCAAAUCUCUUCUUCCUGAUUUUCCAAUUGGACACACAUUAACCCUUAAAUAUUUUCUCAAUUCCAAAUCUUGUUGUAAAAUUAAUAAGUUCAAUAACACUGCUUCAAUUUGUGCUUCUUUGCUUGAGAACCCAAUUUUGUGGGCUGGUAGAAUUUGUGUUUUCUAUGCUCUUUUGAAGACUGGUUUAGCUGGAUCUCAAUCCAAUCCUAUACUUUCAGGUUCAGAAGCUGGAAUGAGUGAUGAUGGUGCUGAUUUGGGGUUCUCCAAGUGGUUGGAUAAGUUCCAAAAGAAUCCAGACAAAGAAGCUGCUGACAAGCGGAAGUUGGUGAGCAAAUGGCAUCCUACAACAAAGGGAACAUUAAAAAGGAACUAUAGGAUACCUUCCAAACCAGAAGGUCGGAGGCUUCUUAAAGCUAUUGCAUCCUUGCUCUCUGAGGAUGAUCACUUUGUAGACGUUACUUCACACAAGGGUUGCCAGAUUAGAAGGGAGAGUGCGCAUGGAGAAAGUGUAUGUUGCAACAAUGUCAGAGCGCUCUUUGAUGAGCUCCCAACGCCACAUAUCAUUGUCGAGAUCACACCUUUUCCUGCUGGACCUCUAACAGAAAGGGAUUAUGCUAAAGCUGAGAAAGUAGAGAAGGUGCUCAGAUCUAGCCCUUCAGUUUGAUUUUCCUCAACAUCUUGGCAACUAACUUUGUAAAUAAUAAAGACACCUGACACAGUUUACAUAUAUCUUGAACCUGUACUGUUCACGGAUCAACAGUUUCUGUGUUUCAGUUUGAGUUGAAAGAAUCAUUUAGUUUGUAAGCAUAUUAUCAGGUCUCAGGUCUUAUGCAAGUGUUGUGUAUUUUGUUUUGUAAAACUCGAUCAGAAAGGGAGUUACUUAGUUAGUUAUCCCUUUAAUAUGAAUGAAUGGUAUUUUCAUGACAA